GGGGCGGAGGCGCGGAGCCGGCUUUGUAGGCAGCGGGGCGGCUGCGUUCCAUUCUUCGCUGCCCUCCGCUCCGCCCGGUCAUGGCCGCGACCCGUCCGACUCACGGCUGCGGCAGCGGAGCGCUACUGGGCUGCUUCGGAGUGCUGCUGCAGGCAUUGCUGGCGCUGUGCGUCUUCUGCACGCUGAUGUUAAAACGAUUUAAGGAACCAAAAGAAGAGAGGCGUCCCUGGAGGAUAUGGUUUUACGAUACCUCCAAGCAAGCAAUUGGUGCCCUUUUCAUCCACUUUGCCAAUAUUUUUCUGUCUGAACGCACUGAGAAGGACCCUUGCUCUCUCUACCUUAUUAAUUUCAUCCUUGAUGCCACGCUGGGGAUGCUGCUGAUUUGGCUUGGUGUGAAGGUGGUGUCCUGGGCUGUGCAGCGUCAGAAGUACACAUAUCUGGUCUUUGGAGAAUAUGGUGAUCCUCCACAAGCUGCUGCUUGGAUUAGCCAGUGUAUCCUCUACCUGCUGAUAAUGGUUGUGGAGAAGACCCUGAUCAACCUUGUGCUGCUGAUCCCUGGUUGGACAGAGCUUCAGCAGAUCCUCCUGAGUUACAUCCCAAACCCCCAGUUGGAGCUUUUCCUGGUCAUGCUUGUUGUGCCUUUUAUUGUAAAUGCCGUUAUGUUCUGGGUUGUGGACAGCUUGAUUAUGAGAAAAUACAAGCAGAAAGACACGUUGAACAUCAAUGGAUCCACAGAAACCCCACAAGCUAGGAGGAGUGAGGAAUCUCAGAUGUUAUGGCUGGAGGAUGUCUCAUCAGGAUGGUUCUGUCUGCAUCGAGUGAAUGCUCCGGGCUGGUGGCAGCCACUUAGCUCAGAACUGCCUCUUGGUAGCUUCAAGUCUGAGGUUAGCAGCUGAGAGCAUAGGUGUUCUGGAGGCAAUGGGCAGCCUUGUGCUUGUGCAGUAAAGGGUUCUUAUCAGGAGAGGUACUGGUGGGAGGUGUUGAUGCUCUGUUCUGGCUCCAACAGUUCAGACUCUGCUGGGUAGAAAUAAGAAGGUGCCAGGCUAGCUCAGCAUCUCUGAUCCUGAUGGCUGUGACUGAAGCAACCCUGAGCUCUGCUUGCUUCCGUGGCUGAGUUCUGGAGAUCAUAAGCAGCUGGGGGCCUGGGAAAAUGUCUCUUUGUUACAGCUGUUUGCAAAAUGUGGCCUAGUUUUUUGUGCAUCUCCUCGGAGGCUGCAGCCUGGCCCGAAUGCGAAUGUCUGCGAGUCCUGUCCUGUGGUGAACAGAGCUUUCAGCUGCAUGUUCCACUCCAAAGAGGGGUUGGGGGUACCAGAGCAUCUGUGUUUGGAUCCAUACAGUCCUGGCUGUCUUUGGAGUGGUCAAGGUGACCUUAAGACCUCUCUGCUCUGCCAAGGGUGUUAGAUCUUGCAGCAGAUCCUUUCAUUGGUGCUUGACCCCUCCAGCAGUCCCUUGCUAGGGGAUACUGCCUGUGGUAUUAAGAUGAUAGAAGGAAAUUCCAGCUGCUGUCUGGUUGAGGACUCUGAUUUCAUGAGUGUC